CUUUGAGAAAAAUCUUUACCAUUCUAUCCCCGCGCUGUUCCCAGCUGUUUAUUUUUCAAUGAUGGAUGUCGUUCGAGGCAAAACGUGGCAUGUAAACAGGACAGAGCGGAGCACAAGCAAAAAAUAGCUUAGAUACUCCGGACUCUUCCCGACCCGCAAGGCUUAGCAUUUGCACCGCUUGGACAUCUAAUCGGCCAUUGCGGCGGGCCGCGGUCAAAGUCGGGCCGAAACCUCGUUGGGUUGGCGAAGAUACGAGCUCAAACAUGAAGCUGCCAGCCGUCCUUGUGAUCGCGGUCUGCAGCGCCACCAUGCCCGCGUCAGCUUUCAUAGUUAGGCGCAGGCAGUUCGGACCUGGCAACAUGCCGUUCGGACCUGGAAAAGGAGGUAUUAUCAAUAUGGGGGGUGGAGGAGGAAUGGGAGGAGGAUCCUCUGAACCAGUUGACUUUGAAGGAGAGUUCACACCGGCGAUGCGGAAGCUGCAGCGACAAGUUCUGAGGGCUCACAACCGCUACAGGCGUCUGCACGGAGUUCACACUCUGAAACAAGAUGACGAGUUGGAUCGCUACGCUCAAGCCUGGGCCCUGGUGAUGGCGAAGAAUGACCGAAUGGAACACAGAAAGACGCCGAGACACGGAGAGAACCUCUUCAUGUGGUGGAGCAGCGACUUGCAGGCACCCGUCACGGGAAGCAUGGCGGUGAAAGCGUGGUACGACGAGAUCAAGCUCUACGAUUUCAACAACCCCAGGUUCACGCCCGGCACGGGUCACUUCACGCAGUUGGUGUGGAAGAACUGUCGACGCCUGGGUACGGGCAUCGCCCGCGGCCCGAAGGGCACCGUGUACAUCGCGUCCGUCUACGAUCCGCGAGGAAACGUGAUGGGCCAGUUCGCGGACCAAGUUCUUCCGCCGAAAUCUGGCGGAGACGGGGACAGUAAAAGUGGCCGCAAAAAACGACGCCGCCACAGGGACGAGGAGGAGGGGGACGAGUGAACGGGCGCGGCGCGAAUGUGUCUGCACGAGGCACAAGGCGGCGCUGGUGUUCGACGUCUAUGGCGCCACUUUACAGACUUCUACACCCGAAGGUAUCAGCAGCAACCUCAUUCGCGGAGCGAAAAUAUGACAACAGUAAUAAAACCGGGUGUUUGUGCCA